AUGAACUGGAGAGUAAACGAUGAGUACACCCAUAGUGAUCACCAGGCGAUCUGUUACAGCGUUGGUCAACGGAACCCAAAUGCGAUACAGAGAAGCAGAACAUACGUGAGAAAGUGGAAGACGAAGGCCUUCUACAAGGACCUCUUCGUCGAGGCACUCCGUGUGGACAGCGACACUCCAGAUCAGAACACGGGUAUUCUGCUUAGAGGGCUCAAAAAGUCUGUACAAGAUACAGAAACUGGUUUUACUGCCGAAGCCAGGAAAACCACCGGGGGAUCCAGGGAUCCACCGUCGAUAUGCCUGCUGGACACACUUGGGAAGCUGCUGGAGAAGGUCAUCCUUAACAGGGUGGAGCCGUUCACAGAAGGAGAGCAUAGACUGUCACAGCUACAGUUCGGAAGGAAAAGUCGACGGUGCAUACUAUCCGGAAGGUCCUGGAGAGGAUCGAGAAGGCGUCCAAAGAGAAGAGAAGAGGAAAUGGCCUUGCGAGGUGGUAAAAAGAUCGAUGCCGGUCAGUCAAACAAAAAUACUGACGGAGUUGCAGAGGAAGUGAAGGAACGAUCACUACACUCGGCCUCGACCCAUCGAUCCGGUCCCACCACGUGGAGGAUCCCAUUACUGCAGGGCGGUCAAUCAGCCUCCCUAGCAGACGACGACAAGGUAGCCCAUAAAAGUGUAUCCGGGCCGAGCCCCUUGAUUGAGGUGCCCAUUUGGCUGGAAGCGAACUCGCAUCGUGAGCGGCCGAACGCUACGGCUCAACGUUGCUGGCGACUGAUUCGACUGUUGCUUGGCCGUGACCCACCGGUAUCGACUGCCCGUUGGUACUCCGACGGCUCAGGGUGCUCGACGAUUGGCCACCAUCCAGUGGAAGUGAUUUUGUUAUCGCAGGUCCUGUGCAGCAUAUUUGACAAACUAUCUGGCCGGGAGCGGAGGCCACUGCAUUUGGUGUGUCGCAGAUGGAGUGAAAUUUUAGCGACCAAACAUUUUGUAGGAAGCAGAACACUCAAAUUGACUGCCGACAAUGUCGAUCUACUCGAACAGUGUGAUAAAUUUACGAGCGUCAGUAUUCGCGAUAAUGAUUCUAGUCCAAAAUCAGUGAACAGGAGGAUUUUUCUCAGCUCGCUGCGAAGAGUGCUUUUACGUGAGGGAAUAAACGAUCAGCUGGAAGACUUGACACUCAAAGAUGCUCAGAGUGAUUUGCUACAGGAGUUCUUCGGGGAGUGCGGUGGCGAAGUGUGUCGAUUAUCAAAUUUGAAAAGUUUAACAAUUUGCUGCUUCGAGUAUUGUGACGUAUCGUUGAUUCGGUCGUGGAGCAUUUCAAGGCACUUGACAAAGUUGCACAUAACCGUGGGUAAAACCGAAGAACUACGGUUGAUUCAAUGUGUCGCUGAACAACUUGAAGAACUGUUCGUGGAAUCCAACAAGCUACAGCUGAUGCUCGAGUGUUGCAAUGUUACCGGGUUUGAGAAGUUGCGAACUCUAAAACUGAAAUCGGAUACGUUUUUCCCGGAUCGGUUUUCCUGUGCCAGUGAAAUAGGUGAAAACUUUGUCAAAACAUUAGGUCGGUUGAAAAAUCUUGUAAUCGGGUUUCGACACAACGAUUUCUUGCUCGGGUAUGCACAUGUGCUGCGGCACUGCCGAAAGCUGAAAUCGCUCUCGAUUCUCGGUGCUGAUUUGUGCAUUGAGGCGUGCAACGCGAUCGCAAACUUGCACUGUUUGAGGAAACUGGAACUGUUGUUGCGCAUCGAGAAAGGAAAGGGGCUACGAGCAUGGAAUCUGCAAAGCUUGGAAGUACUGCACACUUACGUUGAGAAUUUGGCCCCGCUAGGACACAACCUGCCGGCACUAAGUACCAUACGGAUUUCGAACCACACCAUCCGAGAGGGUCGGUUUAGUGUUCGACCCGUCGAAAGAGCAUAUUUACAGCGAUACUUCAACCACUUCGAAUCCAUCACCAAACUGUUCCUGUACGACGUUUACCUGGAGGAGGAUCUUCUCCAUCAAUUUCCAAACAUGACAGCAGUCAAAGAGAUCAUUCUACGCUGUGUCCGAACGAGUUCCCUCGUGCUGGACAUCAUCUACGAGCGGGCGCCCCGGGUCUUCAAGGUCUACUUCUGGGACUGCUGCUUUCUGGUGAGCCCUCGGGCCAAAAUUGCAUCCUUCGAAGCCCUGCGCCUGCUACUGCCGAGGGCUUGCAUUUCACAUUCCAGCAGCAAGAUCAUUGCCGUGGAUUACGAGCAGAUUCUCUCCUGAUGACUACAUUUCCCUUCGAUGGAUCUCGGCUUUUUGCCGUUCGUCUGGUAUCUUCUUUUAGCAAUAAAUUUACCUAAUAUCUCCGGCGAUGAUCGAUUCCAAUUCGAUCUUUUUAGCGGGAAGAAAAAGCCGGCCUUGUACAGUUAUUAUUCGAGAUCCGAAAGCCGUCAAAACUGCUACUGUUCUUCGGCAGUUGGAAAUUACCGAUCAUGGCAUGUUGAUUAGAGGGGUCUGCUGUGUGUGUGUGUGUGUGUGUGAACGACAAGAGGCGAAGAAAAACUGGCUAAACGUUGGUCGGUGGUAUUAUCGAAAAAUUAGAAAAUCAAUCAGUGGCUCCCGGGAAAGGUGUAUUGCAUUCGAUCGAAGCUAAUUUAAAUAUUUAUUAGGUCUCA